GACCAGGUUUGUGACCAGGGGUGAGUCAAAUACAGUUUGCGGGUCAUGACCUAAAUUAUUUGAAUCACCUGAAUUUUCUGUUAUAAUGAAGUAGGCGUACAUUCGUAGUUUGGGUAUUUGAUGUCUCUGUUACAUUACCAAAACAACCUAAGAGUCACUAAUGGGGAAAAAAACUAUUUUUAAUCAAGACAUGAUUACAUCCGGCAGUGUAAGUAACCAUUUCACAGCACAUUGAUUCGGGCCAUGAGCAAUGCACAUUUUUUAAUAAAUAUUUUAAUUAAACAUUUUGACACCUAUACCAGAAUAAAGGAUUCAAUUUCGUGAGAGACGGAGCGGGAUCAAAUCAAUCCAGAUUAUAAAGGCGGCGCCCUACACCGGAAACGUGACGACAGUCUUUAAAGCAAGUUUAGUGCGCGCAAAAGUAAUUUAAACAGGCGUACAUUUUCUGCGAGGCACGCCUGGCAGAUGGAGUUAUCCCUGCUCCGCUCCGCCAGACUCGGCCUGGAAGUACUAGAGCGAGCCUCGAGACGGAGUGUAGACUGGUCUAGUGCGAAUCCGUGUCCCAGUACAACACCGAAGGAUGACAACGCCGGGAGUGAGGAGGUAGACCUAUGUGUUCAGGGAGACUCAGCCCACACAAGCCUGGAUGAUGCUUUUGAGACCAUAGCUGAAUUCAUGGCACAGACAACAUAUCAAUGCAAGAACUUUUACAUGUCGGAGACAGAGCCUAGGGAAAAUGAGAGAACCCAUGUGUGUAGAUACCAUUCUCAAUCUCACCAACGCCCAGGGACCUCACUGCAGACCAGGAAACAUGCACAGUCAUCACCUGAGGAUUUCCACAUUGAGGUGUCUCCAGGUACCUAUAAAAUUACUGCAGGAACGCAGGACUCACAGCAACAGACCCGGGUAGUACGCAUUAAUGCAGGAGAGAGCAUGAACCUCACAUUUCACCUCUAACCUCUCACCAAUCCCCAUGACCUUUCUGCUAACAAUAACAAAACUGCCCAACCUGAAAGUUUACGUACAUAUUUUCACGUCUUCUGUUGAAAUGUCGCUUUAGAGCGACAGUGAUAGUGUUAUUAAUUUGCUGCUAAAUGAGAAGCCAUAUUUUGAUGAUGUAAUCAUGAUUUUAUUUUUAUAUUCAACUUUGUAUGUAAAAUGUCUAUCCAAACGCAUCACGUAAAGAUGUUUUUUUUUUUGUCAUAUCAGUAUAAUAAAGUAUAUAUUUUAUAUCAAUGA